AAUUUAAAAAUGACAAAGCGUGUGAAUGUGAAAGUGUCAAAUGUCAAUGUCGUGCAGCUACAUAUGUAAACAAGAUAUCGUUUCUGCGAUUCUUGUUUUUGGCACCGACUUACAAUUGCAAUUUAUAGGAAUUUAGCUAAUGUUGAUCACAAAACCCUGGUUACAAAAAGAGGGGUUGCUGGAAAGUUCAUGUCCUACAGAAGAUUUAUUCUAUGCAUAUGCAAAUGCAAAACAGAGAACAAAAGCUUCGGCAAUGUCAUUUGUAGAGAAAGCAUUUCCUAAUUGCAAUAUAAAAGUACAUUUUAAAGGUGAGUCAGACCCAGUGUUCAAUCCUGUGAUACACAACACCACUGCACAUUUCAGGAAUAUCGCCUUCAAGGAAAUGGAAGCCAGAUUAAAAGAUUUGACAUUAAACAAUUCAUUGCUAUUUAUAGAAAAUAUUUUAGACUACAGAGAUUCUAAGCAGUGUAAAGUGAAAAAGGAAUGUGAUUUGUGUGCAGAUGAAAAUAGUAUUGAUUUAAAUGUUGGGUACAAACCAAAUGUUUUGGGGCCUCUCAAAGUUGCCAAGUCGGUCAUUGACUCCUUUGUGAUGUCAUAUUAUGAAGGGUUCCCGAUGAAAGAUGUUGCCUGGGAUUUGAUUAACGACGACACCCAGUGGCAGCUGGUAAUGGCGAUAAGCAGGGGUUAUCACGAUGUUAUUUUCAACACUACACUUGUUGCAAAAGAUAUCGCAUCUCCGCUUAUAAAAUAUAUAUCAGAUGUAUUUAUGAACAAAAAGGGGAAUCCAAAAGUAACACUAGUGAUGGGACAUGAUGCAAACAUUCUCACAGUAUUAAAUAGCAUGAAUUUCAAAGCUUUUAAUUUACAUGAUCAGUUUGAAAAGAGUCCAGUCGGAGGCAAAUUGGUGUUUCAGAAAUGGUAUAAUCCAGACAGUGAGAAAAACUUUUUAAAAGUCAAUUAUGUGUAUCAAUCGACUGACCAGCUGAGGGACGGCUCGGAUCUCACAAUAGAAAGUCCUCCUCAGUUCAUACAGUUGGAAUUAAAUGAUUGUAAAGUUGACAAAAGUGGAUUUUGCCCAUGGGACGAUUUUAUAAUGUUUUUAAAGACACUUUUAUGAAUAGUUUACUUUUUACUGAUACAGUAACAAGUUUGUGAUUUGUCUAUAAGUAGGACUUCUAUACUCAUGUUUUUUAACUUUGAAAAGUUUAUCAAAAAGACAGUAUUUAAUGUAAGUCUUUACUUCAGCUUAGUACAUUCAACAAUUUUUUUUUAUC